CACACACACACACACACACACACACCGCUGCUCUAUAAAACCACUCACACACUCACAGUAGCAGCACGAGCAGUUUGAAACUUUCUACCUGAACGAUGGGAGUCAUCAUCUCACACAUCUUCUCCAGAUUCACCUCCAAAACACCUGUCAGGAUCUUAAUGGUGGGUCUGGAUGCAGCAGGUAAAACCACUCUGCUGUACAGACUGAAGCUGGCCGAAGUCGUCACCACCAUCCCGACUAUAGGUUUUAACGUGGAGACAGUGGAGUAUAAGAACAUCAGUUUCACAGUGUGGGAUGUUGGUGGUCAGACUAUCAUCAGACCUCUGUGGAGACAUUACUUCACCAACACACAGGGUCUGAUAUUUGUGGUGGAUAGCAACGACCCCGAGAGGAUUAAAGAAGCUGCUGACGAGCUGCACAGGAUGUUGGAGGAGGAUGAGUUGAGGGGCGUAGCUGUACUGGUGUUCGCUAACAAACAGGAUUUACCCCGAGCCAUGUCUGGCAGUGACAUCACCGAGGCUCUCCGCCUAUCAGGAGUCUCUCAGCCGUGGUCUGUGCAGGCGUCCUGUGCUGUCAGUGGGUCUGGUCUGGUGGAGGGUCUGGACUGGCUCUCAGACCAGAUCCUGAAAAAGUAGACGCUGAUGUGAACUCUCAAACAGGAAGUCUGGAAUGAACCUGGAACGAGGCAGAAAAUCCUGGAGCAAAAUAAAAAAUCCCUCACAUAGCUUUUCAAAAUCACCUAUCUGAACUUUUUAAAGAGGCUCUAUCAUGCUAUUUGGGGUUUUCCAUUUCCUGUAGUGUGUUAUAAAGGUUUGUGUGCAUGUAAAUGGU